AUGGAUUUGGUAGCAAGAGAAAUUCAACAGUAUUGCAUGGACCAUAAAAUGAAGUUGAACCCCAAGAAAUGCAAGGAGAUGUUUGUAAAUUUUAUGACAAACCCGAAUAUAUUAAGUAGGGAUUUAGUCGUUAAUGGUACCCAAAUAGAAUCCGUUGAUGCGUACAAAUUGUUAGGUGUUAUGCUCGGAAGUAAUCUUAAAUGGAAUACGCAGGUUGACGACAAAACAAAAAAGGCGUGUAAAAGGUUGUAUGCAUUAAGAGUACUAAAGAAGGCUGGAUUGCAGGAAAGGGAACUUGUUCUAGUGUAUAAGUCGAUGAUUCGACCUAUUCUAGAAUAUGCUGUUGAAGCCUGGUCUGACUUCCCACAGUAUCUAUAA